AGACAAAGAAAAGAAGGAUGAAAAAUACAAAAAGUUCAACUACGAAGAACAGAUCUCUUGUUACAUCAUCUGAUACGGCGGCUGUGCUCACAACUCACAAUCAGUCGACGCGUGACUAUCACAGAGUGAGGAUAUGUUCGAGAUCGCGUUAUAUCUUUUGCUAACUGUCACCGCGUCAUUAUGCGCGGCCGAGCAGAGUAGUCGGAAGGAGAUACCUUUCACGAAAGAGAAAUAUUAUCAUACGCCCAACCGGUUGACAAACAAACAAGUUGCCACGUUGUCUGAUCUUAGCAAUGUUACUCAUAUGAACGAGAUCUUGGACAAUAUAUGUAUAGUAAGAAUUGUGGGGACUCCCGAGCACAAGAAUGUGCGACAGUAUAUCAAGCGGUCGAUGAGAGAUUUAGGUUGGACAGUAGAAACAGAUUUAUUUGAAGCCAAUACACCAAUAUUUGGCAAAUUAGAGUUUGAAAACAUAAUAGCGAAAUUAAAUCCUAACGCAAAAAGAUAUCUAGUACUAGCUUGUCAUUUUGAUUCAAAGUAUACAAGAGAGAGAGAUUUUGUUGGAGCCACAGACAGUGCUGUACCAUGUGCUCAAAUGAUUAAUUUAGCCACUGUUAUGACCAAAUAUUUAACUAAACAGGACGAUAUCAGUUUGAUGUUCAUUUUCUUUGAUGGGGAAGAAGCAUUCAAGGAAUGGGGUCCAAAUGAUUCUAUUUAUGGUUCCAAACAUUUAGCUGAGAAAUGGCAUAAUAACAAGACUGCUUAUGACAAAGAAAACUAUAUCUCUGAAUUGGAUAAGAUAGAUAUAUUAGUUCUCCUUGAUUUAUUGGGUGCACCAGAUCCAAAUUUUUACAAUUACUUUGAAAAUACUGAAAAAUGGUAUUCUUUUUUAGUCAAUACUGAAAAGAAAUUAGCUGAAAUGAGAAAAUUGGAAUCUUAUACGUAUGGCCAACCGAAACAGAGUUAUUUUCAACCAUAUUCUUUUCAAGCAAAUAUCGAAGACGAUCAUAUCCCUUUUCUAAAAAGAAAUGUGCCCAUUCUGCAUAUAAUACCGAUUCCGUUUCCAUCUUUUUGGCACAAACCGAAUGAUAAUCGACACAAUAUCGAUAUGAAAACUACUGAAAAUAUUAAUAAGAUACUGAGAUUAUUUGUGGCUUCUUACUUACAUUUGUCGAUUUCCUAACGGAGUUAAAAAAUAUAUUUCUUGGAGAAACAAUUUGGAGGAAAAUUUAACACUGUGUAUUUUAGAUAUUUUUCUAUUGUUGGUACAACAAUUUAUAUUGUUAUACCAACAAUAUUAAAAGAAAUACAUAGUGUUAAGUUUACAAAACAUGACAUCUACCAAAAAAGGAAAUAAUUUUCAUUCCAGAUAAUGUAAAUAUAUUUAAAAAAUUAAUGUUUUUAUAGUUAUCUAUGUUUUCUAUGAAUGUUUAUUGUUUGGAAUCUCUGUUUUGCUAUGCAUUUUUUUUUUUUUAUAUAAAAUUUGUCAUUUUCUGAUUAUAUACUUGUAUAAUUGUAUCAUACGUAAUAUAUUGUACAUAAACAUUAAUUUAUUAUGUGAAUGCGAUUGUACAGUAUUAUUAUAAAUAAGAAAUUUUAAAAUUGUGUAAA